UCAGCUUCAUACAUCUCAAAAAACAUGGCUUCAGAGAUCCCCGAGUCGAUGAAGGCUAUCCAGUUGAUCCAUUAUAAACAACCUUAUCAGCUCAACAAAGUCUCCGUUCCCAAGAUUGGAGAUAAUGACCUCCUGGUGAAGAUCAAAGCGGCGGGGUUCUGCCAUACGGACUACCAGGUAUGGGAAGGAGUUUACGGAUCGCCAACACCCAUCAUUGGGUCUCAUGAGCCCGUAGGAGUGGUAGUGGCUGUCGGUGAUACAGCCCAAGGAAAAUGGGAAGUUGGCCAAAGAGUUGGCGUGAACUUGUUUCAGCAUGCAUGCCAUACAUGCUGGGGCUGCAAGAGUUUCAACGAUAUUCGCCACUGCCAAGAGAAAGGCGUAGCAGGCCUGUUCAACGAUGGGGGUUUUGCUGAAUACAUGGUUGCUGAUGCAGAUACGACUGUUCUGUUGCCCGACGCCAUUCCUUUCGAGCAGGCUGCUCCUCUGAUGUGUGCUGGUAUCACAGUGUGGGAAGCUCUCCAGCGAUGCGCGUUAUCGACCGCCGACCCUAUAGGAAUCGUUGGAAUCGGGGGGCUUGGAUCACUGGGAGUUCAGUUCGCGAAAGCCCUGGGUCACCCCGUCGUAGCGAUUGACAAUCGACCAGAAGGCCGUGCGCUAUCAACUCAAAUGCCCCACAAAGCUGAUCUUGUUGUCGACUCGACAGACUCUGGAGCCUUAGACAAGAUCAAAGAAUGGGCCGGUAAAGGUGGUCUAGCGGCUACCAUCAUAUGCAACGACGACGUUGCUGUCGCUGAGUGGAGCUUGAAGCUUCUUCGUCCAUUUGGAAAGACCGUUCCUCUAGGGCUGCCACCAAGUGGUUUUAAGUGUGAUGCGUUCGACCUCGUAUUUCAAAACCUGACUGUCAUUGGAUCUUUAGUCGGAACAAAACAGGGUAUUGAAAGCGCUAUGGAGGCGGUUGUCAACUAUGAUAUCCGCUCGCAUGUUACUUGUUAUACGAUUGAAGAUGUCCCGAAAUUUCCGGAAAUCUACGCAGACGGGCAUGUAAAGGGUCGAUUGGUCAUGAAGAUUGACUGA